AUGUUUCUGGCAUCUGGAAAUAGUUUUAUUUCUAUAUCUCUUCUUAUAAUUGCAGUUAUUCUCAAUGUAACUUCGGAUGCAUUUGAUGAUUCUGCUUAUAUAGAAGAUUCUUCAGUAUCUGUCAAAGAUGACUAUGAACCAAAUUAUUUUGGUAUAACUAAUAAUGAUGGUGGAGAUUUAACUGAAAAAAGAGAUAUUGAUGAUGGAAUUGUUGGAAUACCUGGUAUAAUGAGAUAUGGUAAACGAGAUUAUCCUCAUUUAAUAAGAUUUGGAAAAAGGGAAACAGAAUUUAUGAAAAAAGAGAUGCCUGGAGUUUUAAGAUUUGGAAAAAGAGAAUAUAAUGAACAACAAAAAAAAGCUGUACCAGGAGUUUUAAGAUUUGGAAAACGUGGUGUGCCAGGUUUAUUACGGUUUGGGAAACGUGAUGAUAUGCCUGGAUUACUAAGAUUUGGUAAACGUGAUCAAAUUCCAGGAUUAUUAAGAUUUGGUAAACGUGGUGAUAUGCCAGGUGUGUUAAGAUUUGGAAAACGUGAACAAAUUCCAGGAUUAUUAAGAUUUGGAAAACGUCCAUCAUUUGAAAAUUAUAUGUUAGAUAAAAAGGAUAUGCCAGGUUUGCUUAGAUUUGGAAAGUAG